UUGGUGUCCCGUGGCUUUCCUGAGGCUUUUCUUUUGCAGGUGCCCGCAAGGCCAGACUGCGAGACUUGUAACCUGGAGCUUUUCUGAGGCAUCUCCCACCCUUCCGGCCUCUGCCCUCAAGGUGCCUUCAAGGCAAGAUUGUGUCAUGGCGGGCAGAUUCCUUAGCCUGUUCAAGGUGUUCAGGGGGAAAAGAAAGACGGACCCUGGAGCUGCCCCAGCACAACUGCCUGAAGAGCCAGAGCAGUUCCAGCCACAGCAGGAUGAUGCAGCCAUGGACGGGACACAAGAGCAGGACCCAGCCCGUGGCCGUUUCCACAGAGCAGCGCAGAGGUUCCGGAAGUUCCUGGGCAUUCGGCGUAGAAAGAACAACACCACAGCAGCAACUGAGUGUGCAGCUGAGCCUGACUCCGGGCUGACCGAGCUCCAGGCAGAGCCUGAUGUCAGCCCAGAUUCAGCUGAGCACUCAGAAGAUUCUGCUGCUGCAGUGAAUGAUGAGAGCACAAAGGAUGACAUGGCAGUGACAGAGAACGUGGCCAUUCCAAACUCAGAGACUCAGGGCAUUGCAGAUGCUGACAUCACACCUGCUCCCACUCUGAGUCAGGAACUCAUAAUGGAAAAUUUCAAGGACAAUUAUGUUUCUUGUGAGCAGCAGGUACCCAGCCUGGCACCAGAACUGGAGGCCUCCCAGGAUCAUGUGCCCCCUCAAGCCACAUCCACAGGGGCCCCUCAGCCUUUGAGGCCAGCAGAGCAUGACAGGAAGGUGCCAACUAUUGUAAGAAACAUUCACCAGAGUCUCGUGUCCCGUGUCACUGUGGAUGUCAGGCAGCAAAUUGACAUUAUAAGGCUGGCUGAAGAACACCCUGUCGAUGUGGCGCUGACCCUCCUGCGCUGUGCCCCAUCGUGUGACAGAGCUGCUGCAAUGAUGUGGAGAACCAUAGGAUCGUCAGGACCUACAGUGGAGAAAGUGCUGCCAGCACUGCUCUAUGUGAUGGAGAACUGGCCCCUUUGCAGCAUCUGCACCUCUGAUGGGGACGACAAGGACGUUUUUCCCCUGACUGCAACUGUGGCGCUCUGGCUGAUUAUCCAAGUGCCUGAAUGCCACGAGGCAAUGAUCCUUUAUUCUGCUCGCCUGUUUGUGGCUCUGCUGUUCCAUGUUGUCAUCACCACCCAGCAGAUGCCACCAGUGGAAGUUGACAGCAUCUGGAGAGCAUGCCGGGAGCAACACCGCCUUCCCAGCAACCCCAACAGGUUUGCAGUGCAGGCCAUGAAGGCUCUGCUCUGCCGACUGCGAUGUGACAAUGAGCUGAUGGCUAUGGAGCGCAAGCGUGGCUGGGACACGCUGCUCUGUGCCGACACCCAGCACUAUGCCGUGGGUCUGCUGGCCAGGGAGAUGCGCCGUGUCUUGAUCCCCUUCUGUUCCCGCAUUGCACUCCAGCUGCUCAGGGCACUCAUCUGGGAGGAGCCAUGCUGGGAUCUGCCCUUACUGGCAUUCCUUGUGGAGGUCCUCGAGUGUUUGGAUUUGUCUAAAUAUGGUGACGGUGUCCUGGAAAUCGUGUCAAGGCACCUGCAGAGCGAGUGCAGGCAGAGGCGUCACCUGGCGCUCCGAGGCCUCGUGGUGCUCAGCAAGGAUCCCUCGAUGGCCACAAGAAUGUGCAGCCUGUCUCGAAGCCUUCAGAAGCUGUUGGGUGAUGCAGACGGAGACAUUGUUGGCAUGACCCUCCGUGUAUUCAAUAAUAUGCUCAACAAUAAAGACAUCGUGAUAUCCAGCAGCACUGCCCCAAAGCUGGCUGAGGCACUCCUGCUGCUCUUUGACCACGACCACAGCCAUGUGCAGUUGCUCUCCCUUGACCUCUUCUUCAAGGUGAUGGAUUUGGUAGUGGAUGAGGGAAAAAAGCCCCUGGAGAAGAUUUUGAUCCAGAGCCUGCUUCCACUCUACUUCCACUGCCAUGAUGAGAACCGGCGCGUGGCGAAGGCCUCUCGGGAAACACUGCUUCGUGUGGCCGAGUUCCUAAAGAUGAGGAAUCUCAAGCAACUGGUAAAGAAGGAGCAGCUGUCCAAGUUUCCCGAGUGUCUGCUGGCACAGGACAGGAGCCGAGCAGCCGAGCACCUGCGCCGGGCCCGGCCAUACCUGGACAGCCCACAGGAGCCCCUGCAAGAGGAGGCUGUCAGGUUCAUCGAGAUGGUCGGGAUGUUCAUCAGAGGGCAGAAGGAAGACCUCCAGGUCCUCAAUGAGGCCCUUCAAGCCCUGAGGAAGACACCAGUCCAUCCCACUGUAGUCUAAAUAUUCAAGCCCAGUUCGCCAGUGAACGAGUGCCUCAAGAACAGCACCAGGAGACACUGAAGAGGACACCGCCUUCCAGUCCCAGUGGAGAUCCAGGCACAGCUGACACAGCUGAGCCUGUGGGAUGCUCAUGGGACUUCAGCCCUCUCCCUGCUUGUAGAUUGUCCCAGCCUCCAGCCCUCAGACUCUGCCCAUCCCCUUUUUUUCCCUUUACUCUUCCUCCCUUGUGACAGCUCCUUACCUCCAGCCCGCAGACUCUGCCCAUCUCCUUUUUUUCCCUUUACUCUUCCUCCCUUGUGACAGCUCCUUACCUCCAGCCCUCAUACCAUUCCCAUCCCCUUUUUUCCCUUUACUCUUCCUCCCUUGUGACUACUCCUUACCUCCAGCCCUUGUACCAUGACCAUCCCCUUUUUUUCCCUUUACUCUUCCUCCUUUGUGACAGCUCCUUACCUCCAGCCCUCAUACCAUUCCCAUCCCCUUCUUUUCCUUUCCAGCUCAUCCCUUUGCUUCGCCUUCCAUUAAUAAACAGUUUGACUUUUUCACUCUA